AUGAGUUCGAAAAGGAGGCCAGUUAGUGCAAGUUUUAAAAAAGAUGGAGAGAAGGGAACGACUCAACGUUCAAGGCCAUCAACUGCAAGAAGUGCGCGAAGUUUGAACGCCAGUUUUGUGAGUAUAUAUAGAAUAUUAUGUUCUUAAUAUAGUAUUGGUUUUAACUUUUUUUCAACGAAGUGGCUAUAUCUACGGACCCGUAAACAGACUUCGCCAGGCUAUAUUUACGGCAUUCUCGUUCUUAGUCUCCAUACGGCCUGUAUUUAUCGUUAAAGUCAAAUUAAAACAAAAAUAACCCUAACCCCAAUCCUUCCCCUAACCCUAACCUCUAACCCUAACCCCUAAAAAAAUUAAAACCAAACCUGCGGACUACAACACAGCAGCCAUUUGCCUAACCUUCUGAGCUAUUUUCGAGCUCGCUGAAAUCCUUUGUAAACAAUACGCUUAAAGUCCUGAUUCCACGAGCGCUUUUUGUCAGCAAAAUGCGAAAUAUUUCGCCUGUUUCUUUUGAAUUGUGAGCAAUCAAAUAGAAAUAAUUUAUUCGAGUGGUCGCAAUUCAAAAGAAACACGCGAAAUAUUUCGCAUUUUGCCGACAAAAAGCGCUCGUGGAAUCAGGCCUUUAUAGUGCCGGUUCGGUACAUAGAGUGCCGUAAAUAUAGCCUGGCGAAGUCUGUUUACGGACCCGUAGAUAUAGCCACUUUGUUUUUUCAAUGGCCCAUUUUAUGAGAAUGGUCGACAAUUCGUCCUUAGAUAUAAACAGUGGUUGUAAUUACACGUUUUGUUUGACAUUUUAUAGAAGUCAGAUGUAUCUGGUUUGAGUAUUACUGGGACAAAAACAGUACAAAGCAAACCUACAUCACGUCAAAGACAAAGUAUGUCUAAUUGAAGUAUAAAUAGUGCAAAGUGACUAUAUGACCGGCAGCCGGUCGGUUUAUCAAAUACUAAAUGGCCGGCAGUCUAGUGACUAUAGUUGAAUAUAAAAUCUUUUGUUUGCGUUAACUUUUACCGAGCUUGCUGUUAGCUCAUACGGCCUCAUACGGCAAGGGCGCUGCGUGUGGAAAGUUAAACGCAGUUGGGGUCGGGAUGUGUUUUGUCUGACUUUAGCAUUGUUUUUUCUUAAACAUUUUUUAAAAUUUUUUUUCCGACUUUUCUAGGGUUAGGGGUUAGGGUUAGAAAAGGGUUUGGUGUUGGAAAUAGGUUUAUCUUAUAAAAAUUCAACUUUAACAAUAGUCACUAGACUGCCGGCCAUUUAGUAUUUGAUAAACCAUGACCAGCUGCCGGUCAUAUAGUCACUUCGUAAAUAGUGAGUUUUAUAGGCCACAUGCAACAGAUUUGUCAAUAGUACACACAUAAAAACGCACAAGUUGUUACAGGUCUGCAAACAAGUUGUUACAAAUCUGUUCACAAGCUGUUGACAAGUUGUGUUCGCACUGUUUGUUCCCAGUUGUUGUAACAAGUUUGGAACAAGCUGUUAACAACUUGUAACAAGCUUGAUGACAUUAUCAGACUUGUUACAAGGUUGUUCUAACAAGUCUGAUACACUGUCAUGAUAUAACAAGAAUGUUACAAGGUUGAUGACACAAGGUUGUAACAAUAUAGUUAUAUCAUGACUGCAUCGGACUUGUUGGAACCACCUUGCAACAAGUAUGAUAAUAUCAACAAGGUUGUUACAAGUUGUUAACAGUUUGUUCCAAACUUGUUGACAACUUGUGACAAGCAGUGUGAAGACAACUUGUUGACGGCUUGUUGAUAGACUUGCUGCAAGAUGUGUUAUUUUCCGCUGGCUGAGGCAUGUAAGAAGCGGAAAAUGUUUUCUCACACACUGCUGGGGGCCUGAUGAAAUCAGGGUGUUACAGGGUGGUGCAGGUUAUAUGAGCAUAUUUUUGUUGUUGCUCACCGUAGCUUGACAGUAUCCCGCCCACCCAGCCCUUUUAUGUUUAUUAGUACAGAACAGUGUUGGAUUGGAUAUAUAUGUACUUGUUAGGGCAAUUAUUAAGCGAGCAAUUGUGAUGUAUGGUAGUUUAAAUUAAUAAAUGUCAAGCUUGCGGCUGAUGCUGCAGCAGCUCCCGGCUGACGCUGCAGCAGCUCCCAGCGGUGUGUGAGAAGUGAGAUUUGUACGUGUGUAUAUUAUCAUCAGGCUUGAAAUCAUUUUGACCAUGAGACCAUCCAUUGUUCAUCAGUGUAGGGAUGCACCGGAACUCAAUUCCAGCCAGGUAGUUCAGACUGGAAGGGUCUUUUGGGGAGUUCUGGUUCCAGGCGGAACUGACAACAAUAUGUUGAAAAACAAUAUGUGCUCAUUUGCUUUUGACGUUGUCAGACCCAAACAAGCGGGGGAGGUCCAAUUGUCGAAUACACUGAGUGAAGAACUAUCCUCCCCCCCAAAAAAAACCCCACUAUUUCAUGCAUUUUAGACAUGUUUUAUGUUUUAUGCUAGUCUGAAAGCCACAAAUUUGGUAUAUUGUAUGUCAUAGAUGAAAGCAUUACAAGUUUAUGCCCCCCCCCAGUUUCUCCUCAGUUAAAUUAUAAUUACAAAAUUAGUCCGGAAGAAAAGUAUGGGGUGGAGGUCCGGACCCCCCAUUCCCCCCGUGGUCACAAGGGCAUAAUCAGACAACUGCAGGAAUCAAACUCAUUGCAAUCAUAGAGGUGAAAGAUGUCAUACAUAUCAAAACUUAAUAAAUCCUUCAGGUUUAAAUUUGUCCUAUCAUGACAAAAAUGAACAUCGCCCAUCAAACAGCACAAAGAGCAAAAAAGAUGACCUGAGAUUUGGCCAUGAACAAGAUGGUGUCAGGCAAUCUGCAGAUGGAAAAAAAGACAAACGAAACAGUAAUAAACAUAGCUCCUCUGAUCCAGUUGAAAAAUUUGAGGCUGAAAAAGGUAACUAAAAUUAUGUUUCAGGGCUUGAAAUAGAUUAAUUGAUAAACUGGGGAAAAACGACGGUUUUUUCAAAACUGAUUCAACUGACAUUGUUCUAGGCAAAAACCCGAGAAAAAAAAAACGAGGAAAUAUUUUUGAAAAAAAUUGUUUGAAACUCAGUUGUAUUGAAACAAAAAUGGCACCUUGUCAAAUUCACGGCACUAGUUUAACAUUUUUUGACAAAACUUCCGACUUUCAAAGUUUAAAAAUAUGAAAACAUUGCACACUUAACGGUGGCUUACCACUUACAUAUUUAGGCAGCACUAUACCAUUAUAGUGCAUCUACAGUAAGUGGAGCCACUUAGAGAACACUAACCAAUCAGAUUGCAGUAGCACAAUGUCAUGUACAUUGUACACUUAACUAUAUUUUGAAACUUUGAUUAAUUUAACAGAUGAUCCAUGGUGGGAGAAUAUACCAGAUGAAAUCACAUUUAGUCCUGCGUCUUCAUUUUCAUAUGCUUCCUCGACAUCUGAUUGCGUUAAACGCCCUUUCAAUGCAAGAAAUGAUGAACUACGGCCAUCCAUGAAUGACUUUCUAGACCUCUCUGAUGAAUCUAAGACAAAUCUUGUUGAAGAAAGCACGCCAAAACACAAAGAAAACAACAGCGAACGAGUUAAAAGCCCUUAUAGAAGCCCUGGCCAGCAUCUUGAUGGUUCAAUAAAAAUUGAAAACAAUUUAAGAGAAGAAAGGGGUAGACUUGAUGAAAAUUUUGAAGUGGGUAAUAAAAUUUCCAAGACUGAUGAAACAACUCCUAGAAAUGCGAGUGAAAUUCCAAGAUUAGUCCUCGAUGAAAAUUCUGGAAAGUUUGAUCAGAAAUAUAGAAAAACUCCAAGGGAUGAAAAUUAUCUGAAAUUUGGAGCAGAUUCUCAGAAUUUUGAUCAGAAUUCUAGAACAUUCGAAAAUGGUGAAUAUUCUCAUAAAUUUGGAACUGGGUAUCAAAAGUCUUUGGAUAAAAAAUCUUGGAAAACUGAUAGGGAUGAAAAUGAUCUUACGUUUGGCAGUGAUUUUCAAAAUUUUGAUCAGAUGUGUAGGAAAUCUAGUUCAGAUCACAAUUCUGGAAAAAUUGAAAGAGAUGAAAAUUCUCAGAAAUUUGGAACAAAUUCCAGAAAUUCCAGUCAGAAUUCUAGAAAAAAUGAGAAAGAGUACAAACCUGAGAAUUUUCAGUCAAAUUUUCCACUCGACGAAUGGCAACGGCGUGAUGGUUUGGAGACAGGUGAAACUGAUAGAAAAAAGGAAGAAGACGCUGCUCUUACUAUUCAAAGGUGUUAUAGAGGCUAUAAGACCAGAAUGCAAGUGGGGUAUUCAGCUGUACAGAAAGCGUUGGAUGAAAGACGAGCCAUUAUGGAACGACAAAAGAAGGUUUAGUCAUACAAAGUUACAAACCUGUAAAAAUGUCAUUUUUUCUACUAGCCUAUUUUUCUACAGGAGGAAACAGGAUUAAAGUGUCUAUGCAAGAAUUUUUUUAUGAUUGAAUUGCAAAGUUCAUUUUAAAUCAUAAUGUAACUUAUUUUAUAAAACUUUGUUAUCUUUCCUGUAUGUCAAGAUUUUCGACUUUGAAAUCUGCUGUGUUGGUGUAAUGUACUCAGGUGAAUAAGAUGUUUUGUGUGAUGUUACUCUGAGUGUAUAUCCACACCGGGUAGGCUUGAAAAAUAUGCCUGACCACGGCGGGAUUCGAACCUACGACCUUUGGAAUACUAGCCCAAUGCUCUUCCAACUGAGCUACGCGGUCAGGACGGUUCGAGUAAGCGAUAUUUCGGAACUGAGUCUAGUUCCUUCGAUAUCAAUGUAAUCUAAUAUUUAUGAAAUCUGCUGUGUUGGUGUAAUGUACUCAGGUGAAUAAGAUGUUUGUGUGAUGUUACUCUGAGUGUAUAUCCACACCGGGUAGGCUUGAAAAAUAUGCCUGGCCACGGCGGGAUUCGAACCUACGUCCUGACCGCGUAGCUCAGUUGGAAGAGCAUUGGGCUAGUAUUCCAAAGGUCGUAGGUUCAAAUCCCGCCGUGGCCAGGAAUAUUUUUCAAGCCUACCCGGUGUGGAUAUACACUCAGAGUAACAUCACACAAAACAUUUUCGACUUUGUUUGAUAUACAAAUGUGACUUGAAUGACGUCACACUGCAUAACGAGUUUUUAGAAAGAAAAUGUUUCUUUGCAAAACAUGUGAUAAUCCACUGACAUUGAAGUACUGUUUAAUAAACGAGCAAGCGUGUUUUAUUAGGUUUAAAGCCACGAGCGCGCAGCGCGAUUGACUUUAGACCUAAUAAAACACGUCCUGCGAGUUUAUUAAACGGCUUCAAACACGACUACAAAUUCAAUAGAUAUACUGCCUUAUUAGUAUUCUUUAUAUAAAGAAUACUAUUGAGGACACGACUACAAUAGAUACCGCCUUAUUAGUAUUCUUUAUAUAAAGAAUACUAAUUAAGAGUGUUUUAUCAGGUUUAAAGCCACUGCACGUGACAUAUUAUGGUUGACAUGAUUUGCCAAUAAGCUCAUGAAUUAUUAAUGAGUGUUUGAAAGUUAUAUAAGAACUAUCAAAGCUAUCAUUCUGUCUGCAAAUUUGAGUUAAUUACAAUUUUAUCAAGCAAAAAACAGUCUUCUGUAAAAUACAUUAUGCAGUGUGACAUCAUUUAAGUCAUAUUUGCAUGCCAAACAAAGUCUAAUAUCUUGAUAUACAGGAAAGAUAACAAAGUUUUAGAAAAAAGUUACAUUACGAUUUCAAAUGAAAUUUGCAAUUCUCUGAAUAAAAAAUUCUUCCAUAGGCACUUCAAUCAUAGAAAAGCUGCAAUAUGUUUGGUAGAGUUAAACUAUAUACAAGCACUCUUAGCUUCUUACAUGUGACUGAGGUGAAAUUAUAAUCAGACAACUGGAUUUUGCAGGAAUUGAAUCUUGGUAACAGAACUUUUUUCAUACUGUAGUGGGACUCGGAUUCGAACUCGAGUGUUGACAAACAGCGACGACGUGACGAGAAAGCAAGACAAGCACGUCAAGCCGCCAUUGAGGAACUUAAUCAAAAACGUGAACGAAAGAAGGACGACAAUAAAAGAAUGGCCAAAGAAGAAUUGGUAAAUACCAAUGGUGAAGUUAGCCAUGGCAACUGGCCAUGCUAUGCUAAUAAACCUGCAUCUAAAUACUAGGUUUCUAAAGGUUUGAAUAACACAAAACAUUAAAAUUUUGCAAAGCAUGACCUGUUGCUAGGGCUAGCUUCGCCACUGGUAAAUACUGUAUACUUUUUGUUCAGGGUUUAAUACAAAAUGGGUUGCUUCAUACUAGAUUCGUCUGGAUGAAGUGCAAGUAACUCUAAAUAUGAUGUUUUGUACAUUUGUUUAGUAUCUGGUCCAUUUUAAGAAGAAAUGGAAUGCAUCUUUAUAGUAGAAAACCUCAUCUUGAUCAACUUUUCUACAGUUGAAGUUUUUGGAAAAGAUGACAUUAGAUGAAUUAUAAAUUGGUUUUUCUUUGGUUUUUACUUUUACUCAAAAAAUUCAUCUAACGACAUCAUAUUCGGAAAUUUUGAUAGCAAAAAAGUUGAUCAAGAUGAAUUUUUUACCAUAAAGAUAAUAUAUUACAUUUCCUCUCAAAAUGUCCCAAGUGUUAUAUAUACCAACAACCAGGGCUUUAAUAGUGCCCUUUAAGAAAGGCCAACAUUUUCAUUGUUACUACGUGUUUUAGAAAUUUUUGGAAGAGAGCGGCAAAGUGUCGAAAGCCAGGAACAAACAACCAAAGCAGAAAAAGGUUGUAAAGAAAUCCAGUAUGAAGACUGCAGAUCAUGUUGUAGAGGCUGCAGGAAAUGAUCAAUUACCAAGACCUGGAACUGCCAGUACUUUGGAUAGUAAAGUUGAGGAAAUAUUUCAGGUAAGGAGUGUCAAGGUGGAAUGAAGGGUAUUGUCGCUUUGUAUUUUCAGGUACUGUAGUUGCAUUCCUAUAUUCAUUAAUCAAGUACUAGUUCAACCAAUUAUUUAAGUAAUUAGUCAGUGAAUCAAUCAAUCGAUCAUUCAUUGAAUCGUUUUAAAAUUUGGUUAAUCAACGAAUCUUAGUCUGUCAAGAUACGAUGGUCUGAAAGCCCGACAAUCUUCAAAGCCACAAAAUAGAAGAGCUUUGUUUGAUGUUGAACUGUACCUUACCCUGCACAAAUCCUUUGUCUCAACUUCAUUUAAUAUUAUUCAUCGUGGCUGCACGUUUCAUCUCAGCUAUCCCAUUCGGACGAUUACGUCAUUAUACGAAAAUACAAUGAACUCAGUCACCGUCACAAAUUUUAAAGAUAAACUCGAUCAAAAACAUAACUCACUGACUUGUGUUCAGUGUCCAGACCAUCAUACUGUAUCUUGAUAGACUUAAAUGACUGAUAUUUUGUAGGAAUCGAGAACAAACAGUAUACAAGCUGGAUCUCAACACAUGAAUGAAAAUCCAUCGGAAGCAAGCACAAGUAGAACUGAAAAAACUGCUAAAAAGUUAGUACUCUAGAUCACUUAGAGAAAUGCAUGGGAGAUGACAGAUUCCAAAGACAAAGGUCAUGAUCUUCAAUUAUAAAAUAACAUGUAUAUAACGCGUGCUCUGAUUGGUCGAAACCCGUGUUUGGAUCAGGCCAUCCAAACACGGAAGACUAUCGUGUCGUUGUUAUUUUAUAAAACAAUUACUUUAUGGUUUCCCUGUUAGGAUGGCCUGAUCCAAACACUUGGGAAUGUUGCUCUAGUUAAGAAAAGCGCGCAAAAUCACUCGCCUUCGGCUCGGGUUUCGCGCGCUUUUCUUAACUCUCGCAACAUUCUCGUGUGUUUGGAUCAGGCCAUCCAAACACGGAAACCAUAAAGUAAUUGUAUAUUUCAACAUGUGAACUAAAACAGGACGAGGUUUUUGAGAUUGUAAAAUUGUUUGUUAAUAGUUCAGUGGUGAGUGGUACGAAAUCCACACUUGAUGAUCUGUUUGAGUCAUUACGACAACUGGAAGAAGAACCAGCUGACAUUAAGAAAGAAGAAAAAACCAGUACAUACAGCUGGUGUAAGUGAUUUUUAUUUACGUUAUAAUGGCGCCCCGCAGCUACAAAGCACAGUGGUCAAUAGGCAAUUCCAGCUAUAGACUAAAUUUUGAUCUAGGCAAAAAGAACAAAAUCCAUCACCUCAGCUACAAAGAGCAUGUUAAAAUUAGUAAAAUUGCAAAGUUUGGUUGCGAAAUGUUGGAAAAUGCGGAAAAUAUAGCCCUGCGAAAUUUACAAAUGUUGUAUUAAUUUGUAUUACGCACGGGAAAAUGCACCACAUUUAGGGCCCAAAGUGGAAUUUUUCCGCGCCUAAUGCAAAUUAAUACAAAAUGUGCAAAUUUCGUAGGGCUAUAUUUUCCUCAUUUUACAACAUUUCGCAAUCAAACUUUGCAAUUUUACUAAUUUUAACAUGCUCUUUCUAGCUGGGGUGACGGAUUUUGUUCUUCUUGCCGAGAUCAAAAUUUAGUCUAUAGCUGGAAUCAUCUAUUUUAAUUAAUUUAUUUUCAGUGGAUGCUUCUGAUUCAAAACAAAAGUUGACCGAAGAUGCAGUCCGACAGUCCACGUUAGUAUUUAGCUUGUUUGAAGUUUGUAAUAUUUUCAAGUGCCAAAUAGGCAAUUCUAGCUUUUAGUUUAUGCCUGCAGGGGAUGAUGGGAAGUAAGGUAUCAUAGUGCUGAUUAUGCUGAAAAUUUUCAAUAAAAACUACCGAAGCAACCGAAAUAUUUCAAUAUUUACAAGUAUAAGCUAUCACUCCGUGUUUACACGGCCACCAUUUUUAUUUUUUCAGCAUAAUCAGCAAUGUGAUACCUUACUUCCCAUCGUCCACUGCACGCAUAAACUAAAAGCUGGAAUUGCCUAUAGAACAUAUUACCUUAAAUGUAUUACCAGAAUGGAAUAUAUUUUUCUAUUUGAGUCUGAAGGGAUUUCCUAGAUACAAGAAUAGACAUAACAACAGGACAUACAUUUAUAUAAUAUCUACAGUGAAACACGCAAUUUGAUUGGUCAAUAGCCGUGCAGGAUGAGGCUAUCCUGCACGAGGAAUUAAAAUGCCUUCGCGGGAUUUUCGCGGGAUUCUCAAAAUGUCAUUGUUUCACUGUAGUUAUUUUAUAAAACAAUUACCAAAUGGUUUUCUAAGCAGGAUAGCGUGAUCCAUGCACUUGGGAUGUUGCUCGACUUUCGGAAAGCGUAAAAAUACACUCGCCUGCGGCUCAAGUAUUUUUACGCUUUCCGAAAGUCUCGCGACAUCCCUCGUGCAUGGAUCACGCAAUCCUGCACGGAAAACCAUUCGGUAUUCCUUUAGUACAAUACUUUUCACUUUUUAUUUUUUAUCCAGCAGCAAUUCCAGUGUGUUGUCACAAGAAAAGCUCAGGUAUUUUCUAAAGACAUUUAUCAUAAACUAUCACCAUUGUCAGACUUUGGGGAGCCUACUUUUCUGCAUUCAUACUGUACUCGGAUUUUUACCUACGUAACAUAACAUUAGACAGAUUAGGGCUCCUUACUGGACCUCGAGAGAAAACAUGAUAAAGCUUUCUAGUAUAAAUAAGUUUAGGUUUCUCCUAUUGUAACACUGGACAAUAAGGAGUUUGCCCUCUAUGGACCUCUAGGGUCUAUCUCUACAACUGAUAGAACUACCUGGUAUAAAUGAAGUUAGUUUAGCUCAGGUUUCCUCUUGUUGUAACAAUGGACCAGUAAAGGUGCUCUUACUGGACUUCUCGGAAGAACAGUUUAGAACUGAUGGAGCUAUCCAGCGUCCUUAAAGUUAGUUUAGCACUUUACAGUAGCUUAGAUUUCUUCCUGUAGUAACACUGGAGCAAUAAGGGAUGACUCUUACUGGACCUUUACAGUAGGGAGAACAGUUUAGAACUGGUACAGCUAUCCAGUAUAAAUAAAGUUAGUUUAGUUUAAGUUUCCUCCUGUACUAACGCUGGAUCAAUAAGAGAUUUUCCUUACUGGACCUCCAGGGAGAACACUCUACAACUCACAGAGCUACUGUAUCCAGUAUAAAUAAAGUUAGUUUAGUUUAAGUGUCCUCCAUUAGCAACACUGGACCAAUAAGGGGUGCCCUUACUUGACCUAAGAGUUUAGAACUGAUAGAGCUAUCCCAUGUGAAUAAAGAUAGAGGUUUAACAUACUGUAGAUAUGGCUUUAUAUGGAAGAUGUGCUGUUAGGUUAUAUCUGUUUUUCCAUGUUCAGGACGAUCAUGUCAUUUCUUGACGAAGUGGAGAAAACGGAACAAGACACUGUCGUAAGUCGUGUACGAGACACCAAGACAUUUGCUGAAGCAUCUUCAGUCAGUGCAUCGUUUGUUUCACCCAGAGCAGUAGAAGCGGAGUAAGUCUUGCUUGUUCCUCGUAUGAAUUUUAGUGCGAUAGUGUGCAUGUAAAUAGAGAAUAAUACAUGGGUGCGCGGAAAUACCAGAUUUAUUUCGAGUGUUGAACAUGAUACCUCACGAGUGAGCGCAGCGAACGAGUGAGAUAUCAUGUUCAACACGAGAAAUAAAUCUGGUAUUUCCAAGCAUCCAUGUAUUUUUCUGUUUAUUAUAUAAAGCACAGUCUUUGAAAAGCGAUAAUUUUUACAGAAAAGCGAUAAUUUUUACAGAAAAGCGAUAAUUGGAAAAGCGAUAAUUAAUGCUAUUAAUCUAUUUAUGCCGGAACUGUGUUAGCCUAUUAGAAUACUUCUUUAUAAUUACGCUGUAAUAUUUUAGAAAAGAAAUAGCAUUAUUGGAAUCAGCGUCCGCUGCGGCGUCUGACGUCACAAAUGCAAUGAUGUCUGUGAAAGUUGAACUGGAUGAGAAGAAGAAGACGAAUGAAUUACUGCAGAGAGCGUUGGUAAGUGCCUUGUUUUAACUACAUUCGGACACGUUCGGGACCUCACCAAUGUGUCCGCUUAAUAGGGGUUUGCAAUAACGAACACUGCAGGGGGUAACGCCCAACUACUAACUAAUUUAGGAACAGUAGUGAUCAAAGGUAAGCGUGUCAACGGAGCGGCUGGUUUUGGUGUGGAAAUUCCCUGCGAGUUCAAGUCUCGAGGAGACAGUUUUUCUUGCAAUAGACCUUACCGUUCAUUCACUUUUCACCCAAUGGCCUCGUUUUCGUGUCAAAUACUUACUCAUGUUUCGUGCUUAGUAGGGUUGAAAAUUACUUUGUUAUUGAGCCUAAGAACAGCAAGAAACAAAUUCGUCCAGGAAAACAUGGGAAUAUAAUCUUUAUGACUUAGAUUCUGCACUUCACUUGGUAGAAUUAAACCCUAACAUUCGAAUAUAAUCUUUAUCUGCCCUUGACAUGCUAAAAUAAGUUGGAAAAACAACAUGGAAAAACAUGCUAAAAUAACAUGGAAAAACGAGGCCAUUAGGUAAAGGAGAAUAAUCAGUAAGGUCUAUUGCUUGAAAGACGAAUUAAAGAAAAUUGGGAGGAAAGACCCGGAGAGCAACCCUCGUAGCACAGGAGUGAACAAACUAAACUCUACUUAGACGAGUUUUUCAAGUACACAACGUUAAGAAAUCCCUAUCCUCGACCUACAGUAGCAGGCUUAACUCAGAGGAACAUCGCGCUAACCAUAUAUGUCACCCUUGUUCACAGAACCAACAGAGAGAGUUCACAUUACGCCAAGCCAGAGACAUGGAGAAGGAUGCAAAACAAAGACUCGACUUACAACGUCAAGAAUAUGAAUCGACCAUACAGCGACAUUUAUCAUUUAUUGAUCAAUUGAUCGAUGACAAGAAGAUACUGAGUGAGCGAUGUGAAGAGCUUGUUAAGAAACUCAAGGAAACUGACAAGAAAUAUGUGGACAAAAUAUCCUCAUUGGAACAAAAGUAGGUCGCCUUUGGGUUAUCCUGUGAAUACAGCCUGUGUUGUGAUAGCUGUAUUCACACGAGUCUACCUUCAGUUAUGUAGGCAAUAUAGCUUGUGAAACUCAUUAAUAAUUCAUGAAGAAAACACAAAAGAAAUCAUGAAGUUAAGGAGUUUGUAUAUCUGAUACAAACUCAUGCUGAUUUACAUGGACUUUAAAGUUCAAUUUUCUUACUAAAUAUCAUUCAUUUAUGUUAAAUUGUUGAAGAAUACAAAUGUUCUCAUCAAGACGUUUCACAACCUGAAUAAGGUUACUGUAGUAGCCUCGUGACAAAAGGCCUUACCGAAAUCUCAAAGUGUCGACGGUUUUUAAAAAUCUUUUUCGGGUAGUUCAGGCACAAACCAUGGUAGUUUACUGCACCAUACUACCUACACUGUACCCCUCCCCCCCCUUAAUGUUUUAUGUAGCUUUUAAACAUCCCAGUAUUUGAAGAGAAGUUUAAUGUUAAAGGUGGCUUAAUUUAUGGACAUCAUUACCAUUGUAUCAAGACAAAGAUCCAGCACUGAGUUUCUUUUUGUUUUGUGUGUCACCUGAGAGAAGUUGUACAACAGAUCUUGGAAUUUCUUCAACAUUUAUUAAUUUUUAUUGAUAAUCUUAUAUUGAUAUUAUUCUUGAAGUCACGCUGCAGAAAUAAAGAAACAAAAAGACGUGAUGCAAACUGCGGAGAAGCUGCGUCGAGACAAAUGGAUUAAAGAUAAAUCACAACAGAUCAAAGAGUUGACUGUGAAAGGAUUGGAACCUGACAUUCAGAAGUUGAUUGCCAAACACAAAGCCGAAAUUAAGAGACUGAAAUCAACUCAUCAGGUAAGGUUGAAAUCUUAAGCCCCGUAAGGACGAGAAAAUUUUCCUAGACAAGUUUCCUCGAUAAGUUUACCAGGGCAGGAAAAAAAGAAUUUUCUUCCUGGGAGCACAACCUGGAGACAAAAAUUUCCUGUAGAUCAAUGGAGUAUUUUUGUGCUAAAUCUGCAUGUGCAUAGUGUUUUAGCUGACCAUUCAAGGAAUAAUGUCUGUCAACCAUAUGUUGUUGCAUCCAUAGUGAGACAUGGGUGUUAAGGUUUCCUUCAAAUUUUCAAUAGCAAAUCUUCAUUCAAACGAAUUUCCUGCAGGGGCCAGUUGUUUAUAAAUUUGGAAAUAUUUCCUCAGAGAUCUCGUCUGAAUCAGUAGGAGUUUUCUUCUCUGAAGUUUUGAAAUAAACGGACGUACAGAAAUACACAAACUAAAACAGCAGGUUAAAUUUUAACCCCGGGUUAAUGCUAAUCCAGCUUUGAACAACUGGCCCCAGCGGUUUAACAUUUCCUAUUUUUUCCACCCCUGAAGUUUACCUUCUCGUGUGUGUGCAGUCAACAAAUUUUCCUUGUCGAAAAGCUAGCAUGACUACCGUAUAUUUUGGCGCCAAUUUAGGCUGACCUUCUGGAGACAGACGAACGUGUAGGCAGACGAUAUCUUCAUCAGAUUGAGGAACUUCGUGAACAGUUGGAGAGAGAGAAAGACACGGCUUGUAAUAGAGAACGUGAUCUCGCACAAACCAAGUAUGAAACUGAUGUCUUUCUUUUGUUAAUUGUGCAAUUUGAGUUGGAUGAACUGUUGUUCUAGUAUACAUUUAGGUGGAAGUUGUACCAUAACAUAUUGUAUUUUACCAUGCCAUAAGGUACAUUACCAUCCCCUACCAUGGAUUACAAUUCCACCAUAUAGUAUGGUUACCAUACCAUUUCAUAAGAUACCAAUCAUAAAGUUCUAUACUAUACCAUAAAUACCAAUACUAUACCAUACCAUACCAUACAAUACCAUACCAUACUGUACCAUACCAUACCAUACCAUACUGUACCAUAUCGUACCAUACCAUACAUUGGGAUUGGAUUCAACAAUGAGCAUUUGCUUUCCUCGCGUGGGACUGAGGGUGAAUUAUAACCAGGAAUGCAAAUUUUGUGUAGGUUUCAAAAGCAAAUGGAAGAAGAAGAACAAGCAUUUCAACAACAACGACGUCGUCUUUAUGCGGAGAUCCAGGAAGAGAAAGAAAGAUUGGCAAGUCAGGCGCAGAAACAACGAAAAGAACUGGAUGAUUUGAAAGAAAAACUGGAGGUGUAGCACACUAAAACUAUAGCAGUGAUAUAACUUAACUAUUCUUACCACUUGCGAUUAGGGCAAGUUAGACAUGAAAAUUGGUUGCCCGGAAUAAAAUUCACUUGCCAUCAGGUAUAGUGUUGCCCUCACAUAUUAACAAAAUUUGAAGCAAAUGAUUGCAGUGAGGAUCGAUUAAUCGACAUUCUAAUCUUAUGUUUUCCUUAACAAAGUAAUUUAAAGACUUAAUUGUGAAGUGUUGAUUUCAGUUGAUUUACUAGUAAAGAGUCAAAAACGGAAUGCAUAAUAUAACAAGCAAACAAUUUUGUGUAGCAAUUAAUUUCUGGCAAAACAUUGAAACAACUUGCCCGAUCGGGCAACCAGAAAGCAACUUCUACUUGUCCGUAAUGAUUUUUACUUGCCUCUGGCAAGCUCUAAUACCACGAUUGCAUUGGUGAAGACACGCAUGCACCAACUCACUUGGGAUGAUGUGUUUUAUUUUCAGGAAUCUCACAAGGCAACAAUGAAUAGCGUAGAGCAUUCGAGUAAACUAUCUUUGGAAGAACUCGAACACAAACAUCAAGUAAGCAAUAUCAAUUCUAAACUGUUUUCCUUGGAGGUGUACUGGUGUAGUAAAGGCCAUGGCAAAAUGGUACAGCCUGUCCAAUAAACCAAUUCUUAAUGGUACGGUGUUAUUACUUAUUACAAGCAAAAGCCGGGGUACCCAGAGAGGGAAUCUUGCGUUUGGUAGAGUCAAUCUGUAAGCAUUCUUCUCACAUGCGAUGAGGCGGAAUCUACUCAGACAAUAGGCAAUUCAAGCUAUAGACUAAAUUUUGAUCUAGUCAAGAAGAACAAAAUCCAUUACCACAGCUAGAAAGAGCAUGUUAAAAUUAGUAAACGUGCAAAGUUUGGCCGCAAAAUGUUGUAAAACGAGGAAAUAUAUAGCCCUUACGCAAUUUGCAAAUUUUGUAUAAUUUGUAUUACGCACGAGAAAUUUUCCCGCGCGUAAUACAAAUUAAUACAAAAUUUGCAAAUUUUGCACGGCUAUAUUUCCCGCGUUUUCCUAAUUUUAACAUGCUCUUUCUAGCUGUGGUAAUGGAUUUUGUUCUCCUUGCCUAGAUCAAAAUUUAGUCUAUAGAUGGAAUUGCCUAUUGUAUAUUGCUGAAAUCCGUCCCUGGUCACAGAACUGAGUGGCAGAUGUAUAACCACUGUAAUACCAAAUCCAACGAUGACCUUCUUUUACUUCCAGACUGAAAUGAAAGAACUAAAAGAACGUUUGGAAAUUGAGAAACAACAGUGGAUUGAAAACUAUAUGAAGAAACAGGUAAAGUGUCAGAAUUAGUUGAAUAGGAUGAGCUUACAGUGAAAAAUACUAGACGUUUGAAAGCACUGCUAACGUUCCGAUCUUUUCGAGGCAGUGCAGACACAAACCAUGGCAGCUUAUUGCUACCCACAUUAGACCCUCACGUUUGAGAUUUCUUAUCUCUUUUUUCCAUCCAGGAUGCAAUGUUGUUGCAGAAAGAACGUGAGCUCAAGGAAAAUGUGCGCGAGUCAAGGGACAAGGUUUGAGUUUUAUACAAAGCCUGGUUUACACUAUCAAAGUUUCUGUGAUCACAGUAGGAAUCUUUGUUAAAUUCUAAGUUUUGAAGGAUUUGUAAGAAAUGUUUGAAGGGACUGACAAAGUUAACAAAUACUAAGUCAGUUUCCUCAAACAUUUCUUACUAAUCCUUCAAAACUUAGAAUUUACCUAUGCAAAAUUCCUACUGUUAUCACAGAAACUUUGAUGGUGUGAAUCGUUGAAAUUAAAUCAUAUAAAGCUCUGUUGAAGUUACAUAUUUAUUUUAACUUCUUUUUCCGAAAGGAAAUCGAGUUGGUUAUUCGGAGACUUGAAGAGGAAACAUCUCACGCCAGAGAUGAAUGUGAACGAGCAGCAGAGAAUAGGAUUAAGUAAGUCCAUGAAUUUAUGUUCGGAUUGUGCGUGGAUUGCUUAAUUAAAACCGUGAUCAGGCAGACGUGGUGCGGUAACUGUGACGAUUAUUGAAAUGCUUGUUUUAGGAGAGUUCGCGACAAAUAUGAAGCAGAAAUGCAAGAACUUGAAAAAUCUGAAAAAGUUAUGCAUGAGAAAUACACCACUGCGAAGGUACAGGCAUUGCCAUACCAUACCAUACCAUACCAUACCACACUAUACUAUACUAUAACAAACUGCACCAUGCCAUACCAUACCAUGCCAUGCAAUACCAUAUCAUACCAUACAUUCCAUACCAUGUCAAAGCACACCAUACCAUAUAACGUACCAUGUCAAACCAUACCACACCACCGACGCCAUAUUAUACCAUACCAUGCUAAGCCACACCAUACCAUACAAUAUCUCACGAUUCACACUAUACCAUACCACACUACACCAUACCGCACCAUACCAUACCAUUCCAUACCAUACCAUACCAUACCAUACCACGUCACCACACCAAACCACAUCACACCAUUCCAAUGCGUCAAUGUACCACACCAUAUCGCAAUCAGACUACAUCAUACUAUAUUUAACUCUCACUAGGAACAAUGCAAUGAAUUUGAAGAAGAGGUGUCCAGGUUAAAAACCUCGGUGAAAAAUGAAGAAAGAAAACUUGAAGAUUUGAAUAAACUGACAAAACAAUUGCAAGAAGAGAGAGGACAAGUGGUUGACAUCAUCAGACAAGAGUUCGCCGACAGGUGGGUGUCAGAAUAUUGUACGAAAUGAAUAGAGGAUAUUACACGGCGGCGCGAAGUGUGACUUUUAUCUUCGAGUGGUGAAAACAAUAUUUUACGAACAAGCGCAGCGAGUGAGUAAAAUAUUGUUUUUAACACGAGAAGUUAAAAGUCGUAUCUUUAAGCCACCGUGUAAUGUUCUGUUUAUUAUAUAGUUCCAAGCAAAAAAUUGUGAAAUUUCACGCUCAAAAGGAAAUUGGAAAAAGUCACGUGAUCGAUAUCUUCACUAGUGAAGAUACGGAAAAUAUCUCGCUGUGUAUUUUUCAGUAUCUCACUCUCUACUAUAUAAUAAUUAUAUAUAACUACUGUAUUUCGUGGUAAAUUAACGGACAACUUGCAUGUUAGACUAAAUUUUAAUCUAAGUAAAGAGAAGGGAAUCAAACACCACAGCUAAAAAGAACAUAAUGAAAUUAGAAUAAAACAAAGGUAACUAAGCAUCAAAACUAUCAACAUGAGUGAAUAACUCUUAUACAUAACUCUAAUGCUUAGUGACCUUUAUUCUGUUUUAUGCUUCUGUAAACCAGAACAAUAGUUACUAGGCAUGUGAGUUAGGGACCGGUCAUUAUUUAUGGCCAGGGGGGGGGGGCGAAGAGAAAAUGGGUGGGUGAACAAAGUUUAAUGGGUGGAAAUGGGUGGGUUGAAUAAAAAUUCGCCAAGCCAAAGGGUGGGUAAAGUAAAAAUCAUUAAGUCGGAAAAUACUAAAAUAUUUGUAUUAUUUGUUUUAUUAAGAUUGAAUAAAUAUCAUUUACAUAAAUCGAUUUGCAAAGUAUUCCAUUUGAACCUGCCAUAAUAGUCAUGAUAAAGUGACAGGGUUCAUACUUGUUGGCUUUUUUGUUCUCUCAAAAACUCAAAUAAGUCAAUUUAGCUUUUAAAUAAGUAAAUUGACAAAUUUUAGUUAGGGUGGGUCUGAGAUUUUUGAAUGAGUGCUGGGGUUGGGUGGAGAAAAAAAGUUUUUUUGAAGGUUGGGCCAAGAAAAUGCUUCUCAGUGCCCCGCCCCCCCCCCCCCAACCAUAAAUAAUGACCGGUCCCUUAUCUGAAGUUGUGAACGGGGCAGCAACGAAGUAAACUUAACCAAAUCUGUCUAUUGUUUACCGAAGCUCACCAAUUGACACGAUAAGCUUUCACCGUGUAGACUGGUAACAACAGACGAAGAUAACAAGAGGUUGAAAAUUGAAAUGAGUGAACUGCGAGCAAAACAUCGACUGGAAGUUGAGAGAAUUAAUAAUGCUAAAGAAGAAGAGAUGGAAGAAGUACAUAAACGGUAAGCGAAAAAUAAUGUAGAGGAAAUGUAAUUGUAUAUAUGAACUUGAAAGAUGUGUUUUGCAAUUUGACUUGGUUGAACUAGAAUGCUCGGUUUGGUGGACCUCUGGCAGGAAUCGCACAUGCGGCCCUGUGAUUCCGAUCAGGGAUGUACAGUAUAUAGUUACCAGCGGGGUCACUUUUUUCCCACCUCAAUUUUGGUACGGUAACUUCCUUCCCAUAUCUAUAUGAGUGGUCUAAAGAGAGAGAAAGUUGAUAAUUGGAACCUAAUCAAGAGCAGUGAAUACUCAGGAAGCUGCCAACAGUUUAGUCAUGCUUUUUGUAGAAUUUUCUAGGAGAAAUUCUUGGAGAGAAAAAAAACAAAAAUUAUGGAGUUGUAAGAAAAUUUCAAACUUUACUUCCAUUUUCCUAUUUCCCUUUUCAUCUCUUCAUUUAGUAGCACUUUCUUCUUCAAACUUCGGACUUUUUCCCCCACCCCCAAAGGGAGGGGCAAACCUUUGAACUAUUAUUCGAUCAAGUGAGAUGCCAACAGAAUCUUGAUGUUUACCCCGGGUUAAUACAUUCCUAGGUAUUCUGUUUAAUGUAUUACAUUAAUGUAUUACAGAGUGAAGCAAGCCAUCUCAAAGAAAGAAGAAACGUUGAAAUCUCUGAGACAGCAAAAAGAGGUGAGGUAUAAGAAUAGUUGAGGAAUUACCACCGUUUGUAUUUUAGUGAAUAUGGUGGGCUUAUACACGGGAGGGCUUAUAUUCGGCUAGGCUUAUAUUCGGAGGUUUAGUGUUUACGGUAUUUAACUAAUUUACGAAAUGUUUUAUAGUCUGCUGAGAAAAGAGCGGAUCACUUGGAGUUUCUUUUACACGAGCAAAGAAAAAAGCUGCUUUCAUGA